GUGUGUGUGUGUCCCUUAUGCGUCACCCUCCGAGUGGCUCCUGUACAUAACUGUACGUUCAUCAGACCACCUAUUGCAGGUUGUGGUCCAACGAGAGCAGCAACUCCACCACUAAGAGCACUAAGUUUUGCAGGCAGUAUGUCGGGGUCACAAACCAAGACGGAGGUGUUCACGGUGACUGAAAUGGGGGACGCGGCAGCAGAGGGAGGCAAGAGCAACACGAACAACAAGAGGCGCGUGUAUGAGCAGUACGUGCAGCCCUGCCUGGCCGAGCUGUUUGGGACGAGCCUGUUCAUGUUCGUGGGGUGCGCAUCAGUCAUCGGGAACGUGGGCACGACUCUCAUCCAGCCUGCUCUAGCACACGGCCUGGUGGUGGGGGUGCUGAUCAAGGCGUUUGGGCAAAUUAGUGGGGGGCAUUUUAACCCCGUGGUGUCUGUGAGCAUCUACCUGUGCGGGGGGAUGAAGCUGGUUCUUCUCCUGCCAUAUGUCCUGGCCCAGAUGAUUGGAAGCGUAAUUGGUGCCUUCUUGACAAAGGCAGUGUAUCCGUCUAGUUUAUAUACUUCGUCUCUCGGAGGUGCCUUCAACGUAGUAAAUGGUGAUCUCGGUAAAAUCACGCUAUCGGAAGUGAUGUUGACCCUGAUCCUCACAACGGUGGUGUGCAUGAUGGCCGUCAACAGCCAAACUCGAACACCGUGGGCUCCUUUCUGCAUCGGCCUCACUGUGACAGCCAACAUAUUUGCCGGGUAA